AUGCUAGUUCGCCGAUCCCUAGGCCGCCAAUCCUUCCUCCACCUCCCUCCGCAGCUUCGAACCACCCUCUAUCGCCAAUCUAUCCGUCCCUUCCACUUUCACAUCCCCCAGAUCCAAUUGCCCGACGUCUCCACCCACCUAGACCUCGCCUGCGCACUCCCUCAUGCCGCCCUCACCGCCCUCCACGCCACCGGCCUACCUUGGGUUAUAGUACUGCCCCUCUCCGCCUUCCUCAUCCGCGGCCUCAUCCUCGUUCCUGCGCUUUCAAUCCCCGCUCGGCGGGCCACGCAGCGUUGGCUUGAUAUCCACCCACUCAAGUCCGCCUGGUCCAACACCAUCCGGAGACGUGUGCUAAGAGACAGCGGAGACAAGGGACCCUCGCACGUGCAGCGAGAGGCGAACUUCAGAGCAGGGGCGAAAAAGAUAAAUUUGCACUGGCAGUAUAGGGCAGGGGUAUAUAGGAGACUGGUUCCUACGUUCGCGCAGUUCCCGGUGUUCCUGUGUCUGGCGGAGACGGUGAGGAGGAUGUGUGGCGCCAACGUGGGCUUGUUGGGAUUGAUGUUCGGGAGGCAGAAAGAGGCCCCGACGCUUGAGGGCUGGCAGGAUACUACGGCUGGCCAAGAGGGAGCUAUUGUAGCUGCCGGGCAAGAAGGUGCUGUGGACGCUCCUGUACAGCUGGCGCCGUGGCUGGAGCCGAGCAUGGCGAAUGAGGGGGCUUUGUGGUUCCAGGACCUUACCGUGGCCGACCCAACGCUGACGCUGCCGUUUCUGGUAUCGGGAAUCAUGUUCUUGAACCUCUGGAGGGCCUCGGUGCAGGCUAAGGGGUCGCGGAGGGAGUCAUUGCCAGCCAAAACGCUGCGUCGUACGCUGCUGCUGCUCACGCUCGCUAUCGGACCGUUAACGCUUAAUGUUCCGGCCGGUGUCAUGGUGUACUGGCUAGGCAGUUCACUGUGCGCUAUGACAACUGGAGCGUGGUUGGACAGCAGGUACCCGCUGAAGGUGCCGCCGAAAGCCGCUAAAGGCCGUAGAUGA